CUCAUCUCCAUCUACCGUAUCUCAUCUCGUCACAUGUCGUAUCUCGUCACCUAAGAGGCUCGAUCUCAUCUCCAUCUUCUCGAUCGUUAUAUUCGUUUGUCUAAAAAUGAUGAACAAUGAUGAAGAGUGUCUUCCAAGUGGUGUUGGUGGACCCAAUGGUGGACAAUCAUCAACAAGUGCAUCACAAUAUAUUCUUGUAAGUUCCACUCAUUCAAAAAGAACUAAAAGAUCAACUGGAUGGGACCUCUUUACAAUAGGAAAAGAUGAGAAUGGUCAAGAGAGAGCUUAUUGUAAGAAGUGCCCAAAUAACUAUUUGUGGUUUAGAACUAGUGUAACUUCUAACUUAAAACGCCACGCUGAGAAAUGCUCACAGGGAUUAGAUGGUGAAAGAGAAGAGAGGAAGAUUGAUGAUAAAGUUGCUAGGGAAAAAUUCAGUCGAGUCAUUAUCCGACAUAACCUUCCUUUCCUUGCUGUUGAAUAUGAGGAACUUAGGGAUUAUCUAAGUUAUUUAAACCAAGAUUAUAAGUGUUACACUAGGAACACUGCUGCAGUCGACGUGGUUAAAACUUGGGAGAAAGAGAAGCAAAAGUUAAAGUCUGAGUUAGAAAAUAUUCCUAGUAGGAUAUGUUUAACCUCUGACUGUUGGACUGCUUCAGUCUCAGGAGAUGGAUAUAUAGUCUUGACUGCACAUUAUGUAGACGAGAAGUGGGUAUUGCAUAGCAAAAUUUUGUCAUUUUGUGAUUUGCUUCCUCCACACACUGGUGAUGUUUUAGCUAGUAAAGUUCAUGAAUGCUUGAAGGAGUGGGGAAUUGAGAAAAAGUGUUCACUUUGACAUUAGAUAAUGCCACAGCUAACGAUUCUAAGCAAGAGAUUUUGAAGGAUAGGCUAAAUUUGGAUGAUAAUCUGUUGUGUAAAGGAGAAUUUUUUCACGUGCGGUGCUGUGCUCACAUCUUAAACCUGAUAGUACAAGAUGCUUUAGAUGGUAUUAGUGGUUCAUUGUCUAAGAUUCGAGAUACUGUGAAGUAUUUCAAAGCUUCAACAGCUAGAAGGAUUGCACUCUCAGAUUGCAUAGAAGGUGAUGAAGAAGCUGUCUUCUCUUUGGAUGUUCAGCAUAGAUGGAACUCAACUUAUUUAAUGCUUGAGAAAGCUUUGAGGUAUGAGCGUGCCUUAAAUAGGUUCAAAGUGGUUGAUAAAAGCUAUAGGCAUUGUCCCUCGAGUCAAGAAUGGAAGAG